UUCAGAUUCAAGAAGGGAAGGGCGCAGGGCGGCUGGCCCCCGCAACAAGACACGGACACACAACUCAGCUACUUCCUUAGCUGAACCGAUCAGCUACUGCAACCAUUUGAUGUCUUCAGAUGAGAUUUAAGACUUUAAUGUGCAGCUAAGUUGGUCUGAAUUCGCCGUUGGUCGCCCACAAAAAAAAAAUUACAGCCCGACAAAAUGUCAGAGGUGGCCGACACUCGCCGGUUGAAUUCUAAGCCCCAGGACCUGCUGGAUGCUUACGGCCCCCCCAGCAAUUUUCUGGAAAUAGACGUUUACGACCCACAAACCAUUGGAGUUGGACGGACCCGGUACACAACUUACGAAGUUCGCAUGCGGACAAACCUUCCCAUUUUCAAACUGAAGGAUUCCUGUGUGAGAAGAAGAUACAGUGACUUUGAGUGGUUAAAGAAUGAGCUGGAAAGAGACAGUAAGAUUGUAGUACCAUCUCUGCCGGGCAAAGCCCUGAAGAGACAGUUGCCAUUCCGCUCAGAUGAGGGCCUUUUUGAUGAGUCCUUCAUUGAGGAGCGGCGAAUGGGCCUGGAGCAGUUCAUCAACAGAAUUGCAGGUCACCCCUUGGCCCAGAACGAGCGCUGUCUUCACAUGUUUCUGCAAGAGGAAAGCAUUGACCGUAACUACAUUCCUGGAAAAGUAUGAAUGAAACAAUACAGACUGCUGCACCUGCCCCAUGUACAUUUAUUUCUACAUCACGUCAUUUAAAAAGCCGGUGGAAAAUGUCAGAACUGAUGAGAAUCAACGGUGCAGGAGAAAACACAACUGUUGCUCCCGGAGAUCCGCUCUAUAAAUUGUUUGGUGUUGUGUCUUUAUUCAGUCAUUCCACAUAAAGUAUGUACAUUAUUUUUGAUUCAGUAAUCAGCGAAGAAAAUGUUCCAUAUAUCCUUUUGUCAUUUUGUCAUAGCUAGAUUUUUUUUUUCUUUUUUCUUUUUUUUUUUUUACAAUGAUUGUUUUUUUUCUGAAUGUGUUUCAUUUUUUUAUAUAUUGAUUUGAUCAACUUUAAAUGAGGGUAAUCUCCUGCUUUGAUUAGAGUUUUUCUUUCGCUAGCAGAGAUGUGAUUUUGAUGAUAACCUCCCAAAGUUGAGCAACAUGUAGCAUCAUGAAAAAGGACACAGACACGUCAUUCCAAUCAAAAUGUUUCCCCCCUCGCCCCUGAGUUUUCUGCUCUGGACUCUUCUGGCUCUUAGACGCGAUUGUUCCCUGAUGAAUUGUUUUAACUCUGCUGUCUCAGUUACAUCAUCAUGCCUACACUUUGGCUGUGUGUUGUCAAAUCAGCUAUUGGGAAUGUUAAGUUAGAUAAAUAACCAUAUCUAAGCACUGUGACAAGAGGUUCAUUAUAUGAACAAUAUUUCAUUGUUUAAAGGCAUAAUCAGCAUCUGGUUUAUUGAUCUGAAAUAAGGCUUAUUCUGCGCUUAUUUUCAGCUGUUUAAUUCUUUCUAUCAAUAUUAUUGUGAAGUGUAUUAAUACAUGUUAUCAUUGCAGUUCCACUAUGGGUGACGAGGAACUUCCUUGUUAAUUCUGUCCACCAAUUAAAUUUCCUGCUGCCUGCUGUUCCA